GCUGUUCAGUGAACUUGCACCAAACUCACUUAAACUUCACUUCUUGUAUACUUCUUCUUCUUAUUCUUCUUCAUCUUCACUUACACAAACUCAGCAAUUUUUAGCAAUUUACACAACCUCUCGUAAUCAAAAUUUUCUCAUCAUGUUUUCAAGAUUUGAUCCUGCGUUUUCUCUUCUUCUUCUUAUUCUUUUCAUUAGAGCCCAUAGAUGUUUCUCUUCUUCUUCUUCGCAUUCUUCUCAAACUCUUGUUCUUCCUCUAAAGACCCGAAUAAACCCAACGGAUAACUCGGGUCAUCGACCCACCGACAAACUCCAUUUCCACCACAACGUUACUCUCACCGUCACACUCACCGUCGGUACUCCUCCCCAAAACAUCUCCAUGGUCAUCGACACUGGCAGCGAACUCUCUUGGCUUCGCUGCAACCGUUCCUCAAACCCAAACCCGAUUAAUAAUUUCGACCCGACCCGUUCCUCCUCAUACUCUCCAGUCCCCUGUUCCUCACCCACUUGCCGGACCCGGACCCGAGAUUUCCUCAUACCCGCUUCCUGCGAUUCCGACAAACUCUGCCACGCAACUCUUUCCUACGCCGACGCCUCCUCCUCCGAAGGAAACCUCGCCGCCGAGAUUUUCCACAUCGGAAACUCCACCAACAACUCGAGUCUGAUUUUCGGGUGUAUGGGAUCCGUAUCCGGAUCCGACCCGGAAGAAGACAGCAAAACAACCGGGUUAUUGGGCAUGAACCGUGGGUCCCUCUCCUUCGUCUCUCAGAUGGGUUUCCCCAGAUUCUCCUAUUGCAUCUCCGGCACCGACGAUUUUCCCGGAUUUCUUCUCCUCGGCGACUCCAAUUUCACGUGGCUAACGCCGUUAAAUUACACUCCGUUAAUCCGGAUCUCGAUGCCGUUACCUUACUUCGACCGUGUCGCUUACACCGUCCAGCUCACGGGGAUUAAAGUUAACGGUAAGCUUUUACCCAUACCUAAAUCGGUUCUCGUACCGGAUCAUACCGGUGCUGGGCAAACCAUGGUUGAUUCCGGUACUCAGUUUACUUUCUUGCUCGGACCGGUUUACACCGCCCUUCGAACCGAAUUCUUAAACCAGACAAACGGGAUUUUGACGGUUUACGAAGAACCGGAUUUCAUUUUCCAAGGAACCAUGGAUUUAUGUUACCGGAUUUUGCCGGCAAGGAUUCGGACCGGGAUUGUCCACCGAUUACCAACGGUUUCUCUGGUUUUCGAAGGAGCUGAGAUAGCUGUUUCUGGUCAGCCGCUAUUAUACCGGGUUCCACAUCUCACGGUCGGGAACGAUUCGGUUUACUGUUUCACAUUUGGAAACUCGGAUCUUAUGGGAAUGGAAGCAUACGUGAUUGGACACCAUCAUCAGCAAAACAUGUGGAUCGAAUUUGAUUUACAGAGAUCGCGAAUCGGUUUAGCUCCGGUACAAUGUGAUGUAUCCGGUCAGAGACUCGGAAUCGGAUCGUAAACCGUAGUUAGCCGACCCGGUAAUUCGCUAUUACCUGUGUAAUUAACUAAUUAUAGACUUUUUCGCCGUACGUAGAAAUGGUUAUCUUAGUAGACGGUGCAAUGCUUCACGUUGUUACUAGAGUGAGUGAUACUCGUCUACCACUACCAACACGUGAUUAUGGGUAAUAACUUCGAGUUGUUAGUAGUUGUCUAUUAUUUUGUUUGAUUUU